CCAGUGUGCUUCAGAGGGACUCCAGCCGUGAGCCUCGCUCUUCAGACCCACCAUCUGCUGAUCUGUGCUGCUAUGGGAAGAGGCAACAACAUGACAACUUUAAGCAGUGGCGGAGUUUUCUGCCAAUUUACAGGUUGAGGACGUUUGGGACCUGUUCGCUGGAAGCGGCCAUGUCGCGAGCAACUGAUCCACCCACCUUCCCAGCGAGCUUCCAACUCCUGAGCGUUGUGCUGGUGUUGCUCUUCCAUGCAGAUGGCAUACAUGCAGAAAGCCCCAGCGAACUGCCUGUGAACGACACCGAGGAGUGCUCUGGCUCAUACAUAUGCAAAAAGGGCGUGAUUUUACCAAUAUGGGAACCCCAAGACCCCUCAUUCGGUGACAAAAUCGCUCGGGCAACAGUGUAUUUUGUAGCGAUGGUGUACAUGUUCCUGGGAGUAUCUAUCAUAGCUGACCGCUUCAUGUCCUCCAUCGAAGUCAUUACAUCCCAAGAGCGGGAAAUAACCAUCAAGAAGCCCAACGGUGAGACCAGCAAAACCACGGUGAGGAUCUGGAACGAGACCGUUUCCAACCUCACACUGAUGGCCUUGGGCUCGUCUGCCCCUGAGAUCCUCCUGUCUGUUAUCGAAGUGUGUGGCCAUGGCUUCACGGCAGGGGACCUGGGGCCAAGCACAAUUGUGGGGAGUGCUGCGUUUAACAUGUUUGUCAUCAUUGCGAUCUGUGUUUACGUUGUUCCGGAUGGAGAAAUAAGGAAGAUCAAGCACUUGCGAGUGUUUUUUGUUACAGCGGCCUGGAGCAUCUUUGCCUACACUUGGCUUUACAUCAUUUUAUCUGUGUCUUCUCCUGGGAUUGUGGAGGUUUGGGAAGGCUUGCUCACCUUCUUCUUCUUCCCCAUCUGUGUGGUGUUUGCCUGGAUAGCUGACAGGAGGCUUUUAUUUUACAAGUACGUCUACAAGAAAUACCGAGCUGGCAAGCAGAGAGGCAUGAUCAUUGAGCAUGAGGGUGACCGGCCGUCCUCCAAAGCUGAUAUCGAGAUGGAUGGAAAGGUUGCUAAUUCUCAUGUGGAGAACUUUUUGGAUGGGACCCUGGUGUUGGAGGUGGAUGAGAAAGACCAGGAUGAUGAGGAAGCCAGGAGGGAAAUGGCUCGGAUCCUGAAGGAGCUGAAACAAAAGCACCCCGACAAGGAAAUUGAACAGCUUAUAGAGUUGGCCAACUACCAGGUCCUGAGCCAGCAGCAGAAGAGCAGGGCCUUUUACCGCAUUCAGGCCACUCGGCUCAUGACGGGAGCUGGCAACAUCUUGAAGAGACAUGCCGCAGACCAGGCCCGCAAAGCUGUCAGCAUGCAUGAGGUCAACAGUGAGGUGGCAGAAAAUGAUCCCAUUAGCAAGCUCUACUUUGAGCAGGGUACCUACCAGUGUCUAGAGAACUGUGGCACUGUCGCCCUGACCAUCAUUCGCCGGGGAGGCGACUUGACCAAUACGGUGUACGUUGACUUCCGGACAGAGGAUGGGACGGCCAAUGCCGGCUCUGACUAUGAGUUCACUGAAGGGACAGUGGUCUUCAAGCCUGGAGAGACUCAGAAGGAAAUCCGAGUUGGCAUAAUUGACGAUGACAUAUUUGAGGAGGAUGAGAACUUCCUGGUCCAUCUCAGCAACGUCCGUGUGAGCACUGAGGCCUCAGAUGAGGGCAUUCUUGAGGCCAGUCGUGUCUCAACACUUGCCUGCCUGGGAUCACCAUCUACUGCCACCGUCACCAUCUUUGACGAUGACCAUGCUGGCAUCUUCACCUUUGAGGAGCCAGUAACGCACGUCAGUGAAAGUGUGGGGACCAUGGAAGUGAAAGUGUUGCGAACCUCUGGUGCACGAGGAAAUGUUAUUGUGCCCUACAAAACCAUUGAAGGCUCAGCCAAAGGUGGAGGAGAGGACUUUGAAGACACCUGUGGGGAGCUGGAGUUCCAGAACGAUGAGAUAGUCAAAACGAUAUCAAUCAAGGUGAUAGAUGAUGAGGAGUAUGAGAAAAACAAGACCUUCUACCUAGAGAUCGGGGAGCCCCGGCUGGUGGAGAUGAGUGAGAAGAAAGCCCUGUUGUUGAAUGAGCUUGGUGGCUUCACCAUCACAGGGAAACUCUGGAAGGGCAAACCUGUCUUCAGGAAGGUCCAGGCUAGAGAUCAUCCUCUUCCUUGCACCGUGGUCACCAUCCAAGAGGAGAACGAAGAAAAGCAGCCGCUGACCAGCAAGGAGGAGGAAGAGCGUCGAAUCGCGGAGAUGGGGCGCCCAGUCCUGGGGGAGCACACCAAGCUCGAAGUCAUCAUUGAGGAAUCCUACGAGUUCAAGAACACGGUGGACAAGCUCAUUAAGAAGACGAACCUGGCUCUGGUGGUUGGCACAAACAGCUGGAGGGAGCAGUUUAUUGAGGCUAUUACUGUCAGCGCGGGGGAAGAUGAUGAUGACGACGAAUGUGGGGAGGAGAAGCUGCCCUCCUGCUUCGACUAUGUGAUGCACUUUCUGACCGUCUUCUGGAAGGUCCUUUUUGCCUUCGUGCCCCCGACAGACUACUGGAAUGGCUGGGCUUGCUUCGUCGUCUCCAUCCUCAUGAUCGGCCUCCUGACAGCUUUCAUCGGCGACCUAGCGUCCCACUUCGGCUGCACCAUCGGCUUGAAGGACUCAGUCACCGCGGUCGUGUUUGUCGCACUGGGGACAUCAGUGCCAGACACAUUUGCCAGCAAAGUAGCAGCGACGCAGGACCAGUACGCGGAUGCCUCCAUCGGGAACGUCACUGGGAGCAAUGCCGUGAACGUUUUCCUGGGCAUCGGGGUGGCCUGGUCCAUCGCGGCCAUCUACCACGCGGCGCACGGACAAGCCUUCCAAGUCUCGCCCGGCACCCUGGCCUUCUCCGUCACCCUCUUCACCAUUUUUGCUUUUAUCAGUGUGGGCGUGCUGCUCUACCGGCGGAGACCCGAGAUUGGAGGUGAGCUGGGCGGGCCGCGGACUUCCAAGCUGCUCACAUCCUCACUCUUUAUCCUCCUCUGGCUCUUGUACAUAUUCUUCUCAUCUCUGGAAGCCUACUGCCACAUAAAGGGCUUCUAAAGGGACAAUCAGAGAUAGUAAAUAUAUAUAUAUCUAUAUGUAUCUAUAUAGAGUGAUAUAUAGGUAUAGAUAUAGAUAUAACGCUGUGUAUAAUGAACAGAGAAAGAAUAAAAGAGAUUUGCCAUGUUCACACACCUGCUGACGGAAAGCGGCUUUGGAGCAUCCUUUGAACUAGGCAGGACCCCAAAGCCAGCAGGACCCCUCCCCGGGCAGCGGCCCCGGCCAGGAGCCCGGCGGCUGGGUCCUCUCCGCAACUCUACCAACAAGAGCGGCUGAUAGCCACCGAGCCCUUUCCCAUCGCUCUCUCCCGCCCGCCGGCCCCCCGGGAGGAUGGAUGUGAAGGCAACCGGGGCGCGUCGGUACGGGGAAGGCCAGAGUAGCUGGUGAGCAACAGAGCAGGGGGUGAGGGAAGGAGAGGAAAGCGAGGGUCCUGAUCUCCGACCAUCCGCCUGCCUUCGCCACUCGGGAACGUCCCCUCUGGCCCCGUUGGAGAGAAGCGAGAGACCGGACUGAAGACAAGGGGAAAUUGGGAGCUUUCUAAGGAUAGAACACAAACCGUUUUCGUCAUUGAUUUGGGGUUGUUUGGGUUUUUUUUGUUUUGGCGUGUGUACAACUAGCAUUUCCCCCCCCUCCACAUGCCCCUUGCCUUUCCCCCUCCGUGCUUCGGGGACGCACAGCCGCAACCUCGUGUCCGGUGUCCUAAGCCGAGGCUGCGCGGAGCGGCGGGGGCUUUCCUCCCGCCUCCUCCGCCUCCUCAGGCAUGCUGUCGUGGUACUUGUAACAUUUGCAUGAACGAAAUGAACCCUAUUUGUAUAUAGCAUCCUAUAGCGAUAGUCCUUCCAGCCAUGUGGGUUGAGCAUUGCAGAUACAAGUGUUUUCUUUUCACCGGGGUUUAUUUAUUUUAGUCAGUUUAGUUUCGCCAUAGGUUUUUGUUCAUUCGUUUUGUUUCCUCUUAUUGGGGGUAAAAGGAGGGAAAGCUGUCCCUGGUUAUUGCCCCGCGCGUGGGUCCCCGAGAAGCAAUAACAGCCACACAGAUGUAGGUUUUCAGGGGAGGAAAACCCACAGCCCAGAGACUGCGGGCUCCGUCCCCCCGUGGGGCUGGGGUCCCCCCGACAGCGGCCAGUCCAGGACGUGCUGGAGCCUCCACCGUCCACGGGAGGUUUUACACAAGGUCCCAGGGAGCCCGAGCGGGAUGAGCAGUGUCCGAGCCCAAGGGGGACGACCAGGGCUGGCUGCCAGCGCCUCGCCUGCCUCUGCCUUUAUAGCUGGUGGCUGCCUCAAAGCCCCUUGGCCCCCUGCUAUUCCCUCUGUCCCCAGAGGUCUAGUGACAGCCCCUGUUUCUGAGCAUUAAGCCAUCAGGAUCAGUCCCCAAAGCUGGUCCCUUCCCACAGCCAUUUGGAGGCAGAAUAAUUCAGUGUACGGGCUGAAGGGCCAUACCAAGAUCUCCCAUGCUGCUGAGCGUAGCCAGGAGGCAUCCCCCAGGGAAAAAGGUCACAUUUUGCGCUGUCCGAAUCUGAAAUCGAUGGGCAGGAUGAGACAGGGAGGUGUAACUCAGCAUCACCCCCUGACGCCAGCAGCGUGGGCUGGGGUAGCGAGCCGAGCCCGGGGAGGUGUGGAUGUAGAGCUCCCCUGGGCGCAGCACAGGGAUGACACUCUGCACUGGUGUCAAGAGAUGUCUCCUUACCCUACGCCCUUCGCCGGGCUUCCUGGCGUCCCAGCCAGGCGAACGCCCAGCCUGCACGUCCGCUGGUGAGCUCUUCCCACCCAGCUGAAAACCGCGUCUGACGCUUGUACCGUAACCAAUUGGCUGUGGGGUAUUUGUACUCAUUUUGAACAAUCUGUGGAAAUUUUCAUUAACCUGUUGUAAGAUUUUCUCUAGGAGUACGGAGUUCUGGGGUUUUUUUUUUUCCUCUCAAGCCUUUUUUUCACUUUUAAUGGGGUUUGGGGGUUUUCUUUUUGUUUCUCAGUGUUUUGGGGGAAGAAUCAAACACAGGUGCAGGUUGUUCAGGUUUAUGAUUACCUUUGUGUACAAUUAUUUCAUUUUCAUCUGUUUGGCUUCAUUGAUUUUUCUUUGUGUGUAUUGCCCACCACUAUAGGCAGUGAGUCCACUAAUUGUGAUGAUCCUUAUCAAUGGUACACAAUGCACAGACAAAUAAAGUUUGUAAUGACUCCUGAUGGA